AGUUGGCGUCGAGCUAACGAACACUUUCGGCAGUUCUGAGGAGACGGACGCUGUGAACGACGGGACCUUUCUGAUUUUGAGUUUCGUUUCUAGAACUGAAAUCCUUCAUUGAGGAUGUGGGGAGUGAGAUAUCUACCGAUAUACUUGGCUGCCAUCGCAACCCUCCAAGAGUCGGAGGGAUACCGGGUGCUCUUCGUUUGUUGCGUGACCACGAAGAGCCACUACAACUUCUACCAGGGAAUCAUCAAGGAAUUUGCAGACAGCGGAAACCACGUAACGGUGAUAACACCAUAUGCCAGCAAAGAUGAGAGGAGAGACGGAAAGAUCAGGGAAGUAUUAGUCCCCGAAGGCGAUGUUGUGCAAACCGGCCCCAACAGGUUCAACAUGACCAUGAUGACGUUUCUCCAGCAGAUGCAGACGUUAAUGCCUAUUUGCGUUGAAAGUAUGGGGAGGAGGGAAGUGCAGAAUCUACGACGAGAGAAGUUUGACGUUGUUCUGUUGUCACCAUUCAACGACUGCUAUCUCUCCCUGGUCCAGCAGUUAGAAGCUCCUUUGGUGUACGUAUCUCCAUACGGUUUGACAUCCAAUACCGCCGAAGUGGUUGGCAACCCUAUCUUCCCUUCAUACGUCACAACGGUCGCUCUGGAUUAUACUUACCCCUUGACUUUUGCGCAGAGAACCAAGAACGUUCUGGCAGGCAUUGCGCUGAAUCUUCUCUUCAACUAUUACAUGAGACCAAAAAUGGAGGAAGAAUGCUACAAAAGUGGACUAUGCUCUGAUGGAACGCCAUCAUUCGCCAAAAUUCAGCGAAACGCUUCCAUGCUCUUUGUUAACAGCGUACGUGAACUGGAAACCCCACCUCGUCCCUACAUCACCAGCGUCAUCCAUUUAGGCGGGAUUCACUGCCGACCUGCUGAGCCACUUCCUAAGGAUCUCAGUGAUUGGGUGGAAGGCGCCGGAGAAGAUGGUUUCGUUUACUUCAGUCUUGGCACCGCUAUCAAGUCCAUAGAUCUCUCAGAGAGCCAUAGGAAAAUCUUGACGAAAGCCUUCAGAUCCCUGAAACAGCGAGUCCUCUGGAAAUGGGACGAUGACUCCAUCCCUGGGAUGCCACCAAAUGUCCGAGUGGCAAAAUGGCUGCCACAACAGGAUAUUCUAGGUCACCCUAAACUCCGCCUCUUCAUAACGCAUGGUGGCCUCCUGAGCACCCUUGAAUCGGUCUACCAUGGGAGACCCGUUUUGGGAAUGCCUGUUUUUGGGGACCAGAUGGGUAACAUGAAAGAAGUGGAGCGCCAGGGCUGGGGCAAGAUGGUCCCAUGGAAUGACCUCACAGAGGGAAGACUCGUCGAGGAAAUAAUCUCAGUCAUGAACAACAAGACAAUGCAUGAAGUAGUAGCAUCGAAAUCUCGCCUCAUGAGAGACCAGCCCAUGACUCCGAAGGAACGUCUCUUGUUCUGGACCGGGUACGUCAUCCGCCACAAGGGAGCGGAACACCUCAGGAGCCCCAUUGCCCAGAUGCCAUGGUACAAAGUCUACAACGUGGAUGUCUGGAUGACGUUGGUGGCUCUGUGCGCACUGAUCACGUGGCUCUUCUGCAGGAUCUCUCUCUCGGCCAUCAGGUUCCUUCUCAGGAACGGGAAAGCGAAACGGGAUUAAAUUCACUUUACGAGGAUACGUUCUCGACUCGAGCGGCCGACCCUGCUAUGUAGUGGGGUUAAAAAGGUCGAGAGAAGAAGAAGAAGAAGUUGAUCCUAUACGACACCUUGGCAUUUGUAUGCUAUGUUACUCAGUACAAAUAGUCAUACACGUUUGACCCUCACCCCCAAUGAUAUUUAUACCUGUUAUUUUGGUUACUGCCGAGUAACGACUACAAGACGAGAACAAUAUGAUUUCGAAGCCACUGUCUGCCCAGUGGGUUUCAUAUUUUACUUUUCCGUCCGCAUCCUGCGACAAAAACUAUGAAGUUUUAAAUGCCUUUACAGGCUGUUAUAGGAGCAAGAGAUUGUGCUGGAAAAAUUGCCAUUUUAAGCUCAAAGAAAAACUUAUAGUACCUACUACGGUAGAGGAUCGGUCCUGAAAGUAGGAAAAGCACUAUAAUGCUGUGUUAAUUACGCUGACUGUGGAUAAAGGGGAAAAAAAGUCCGAAUUUUUAUUUUACAGCAGAUCUCGUCUUGAAAUAAUGAUCUGUUAAACGAGAAUAUUGAAUAUCCCUGCGCAAACAAAUAUAAGAGCAAUAAAAACACCAUUGGAGGAAUUAAUUCCGUUCUUGCGUAUUGUAAACUUUCCUUGGUGAUAAAUGUUGCAACCUUAUCUAGGAAUUAUGCUCUCUGAUCACGAUGGCCUCUCGUUAUCUAAGCUAAACUUUACAGCUUGUCAUCGUGAUUAUUUUGGAAUGCAUAUUUCAGUCAUCGUGAUAAUUGGGAUUGCAUAUUUCAGUCAUCGUGAGUAGUGAGGAAUGCUUAUUUCACGGAUGUGGUCAAAAGUUCAAAGUGCAUAUAUUCACAGCUGUAAUUAGAAUUUAUUCAUUUUUUGUUAAGACCAAAAUAAAAGAAGAAAAAAAAAUAGUGUUUGGAUGAGUAGUCAAUCAUACCAGCGACUGUUAAGAUAAAUUCUUUUACAUUAGCGGCCCCUACCCCCUACCCCGCCUCUCCCCACGUGCCGACCUGAUGUAUAAAGUCAGAUUUAUGUGGAUAAAGAGUAAAGCUUCAGUAAACUUAUUCAAUGCAA